AUGAAAACACAGCAGCAGCAACAAAGACAUGAAGACAACGACAAAGGCGUGAUCACAAUCCGUGGAAACAACAUAGAACCGAUUCCACUAGAUAUGAUCAUCGAGAUACUCAAAAGAUUGCCAGCGAAAUCUCUUAUGAGAUUCAUAUGCGUAUCGAAGCAAUGGUGUUCCAUAAUUCGUAGCCGAUCAUUCACCAGCUCUUUCAUGUCUAUGUCUCUGUCUCGACCUCGUCUCCUCUUCUGCUAUGAUAUUUAUCAUCACCCUAUCCAUAACGACAAUCGAUUGCUCUUUCUCUCUUUGCCUCUUCUUCCUCAAGAAUCAAAACAAGCAUCAUCAAUGGUAUUCAAACAUGACUUUCCGUUUCCGGACUCAAGUAACUAUACUAGCAUGGUAUUUUGCAAUCUUGUCCGUGGCAUCAUCUGCAUGUAUGUCUCGGGUGGUUACCUUCUAUGUAAUCCAACUACAAGACAAGUACUAAAGAUACCUAAUGUGUCUUGUUCUAACCUUGACUAUAGUAAGUGUUUUAUGUGUUUGGCGUACGACACAAGCAAAGAUCAGUUCAAGAUAUUCAACAGGAUGGUGAGCUUAUCCGGAACUAGUCAUCAUAGUGUAUGUGCAUUGGAAUUAGGUCAAGAACCAUCAUUUUCGUCGUGGAGUCACGUGGAAAGUAGUGUCUUAUACGAUGGUGUGUGUACUAAUGUGGUAUCCAUCGAUGGAGUUGUGUAUUAUGGAGCAUGUAAGGGUUGCUUUGUGAUAGUGAGUGUUGAUGUUGUGUCUGAACGGUUGCUUCUCAUUGAAACACCACACAAAGAUUACUAUGUGCAUUGUUUAAUAAACUACAAAGGGAAAUUAGCUUGCGUUUGUUUCCUUUCAGUUUUUAGUCACUGGAACUAUCUAUUGCAUGUUCUUGAUGAUGCUAAAAAGCAGAUUUGGUCGACCAAGAUUGGGGUUUAUACUCCUGUUACUGAUGCGUACCCUAAUAUCGGAGUAAGAAUCUGCAUCAGCAGUACUAAUGAUGGCAAAAUCAUUUUUGUACCGGGUUCAAGUGCGAAUGCUUUUGAGAUUUUAUAUCACGAUUUGGAAAAGUGCACGAUGAGAAGAAGAGGUUUAAUUGGAGAAAUCAAAGUUGAUGAUAAGCUCCUCAGCAAUAGGUUGUCAAUGGCGCGUAAUCGGGAGGGUUUGGUUUUGCUGCUCGAUGUAGGCCCGGCGAUGCAUAGUAUACUCGAUGAUGUUGAAAAGACUUGUUCAUUGCUUCUGCAAAAGAAGUUGAUUUACAACAAGUUUGAUGAAGUUGGCAUUGUUGCCUUUGGAACUGAAGCAACCGAUAACGAGCUCGCUAGAGACAUAGGUGGAUAUGAGAACGUCACCGUUUUAAGAAACAUCAGAGUCGUCGACGAAGUCGUGGCUGAGAAUGUGAAGCGGCUCCCUCGAGGAACCGUAGCCGGCGACUUUCUUGAUGCUUUAAUCGUUGGCAUGGACAUGCUUAUAAAAAAGUACGGCGCUUUGCAAAAAGGGAAGAAACGUUUGUGUCUCAUCACCAACGCAGCGUGUCCUACCAAAGACCCAUUCGAAGGGACGAAAGACGAGCAAGUCAGCACCAUCGCUAUCAAAAUGGCUGAAGAGGGUAUAAAGAUGGAGAGCAUUGUUAUGAGGUCCAAUGCAAGCGGUGGUGGUGAUGCUCAUGAGAAGAUAGUAGAGGAGAAUGAUCAUUUGCUGAAUCUGUUCUCCAGCAACGCCUUUGCUAAAACAGUUUAUGUUGAGAGUCCUCUCUCACUGCUUGGCUCCUUGAAGACGAGGAGAGUUGCUCCGGUUACUAUCUUCAGAGGUGACCUUGAGAUUAACCCAACAAUGAAGCUUAAGGUGUGGGUUUAUAAGAAAGUGGCGGAGGAGAGACUUCCCACGCUGAAGAUGUAUUCUGACAAGGCGCCUCCAACGGACAAGUUUGCUAAACAUGAAGUGAAGAUUGAUUACGAUUACAAAGUUACCGCAGAGUCUAGUGAGGUUCUUGCUCCGGAAGAGAGGAUCAAGGGGUUUCGCUACGGACCUCAUGUUAUCCCUAUAUCACCAGAUGAGAUGGAGACACUCAAGUUCAAAACUGAGAAAGGCAUGAAGCUUUUGGGAUUCACCGAGGCGUCAAACAUACUGAGGCAUUACUACAUGAAAGACGUGAACAUAGUCGUUCCUGACCCGAGCAAAGAGAAAUCGAUGAUCGCCGUCUCUGCUAUUGCUAAAGCAAUGAAGGAAACGAACAAGGUUGCGAUUGUGCGUUGUGUAUGGAGAAAUGGACAAACGAAUGUGGUUGUUGGUGUCCUGACUCCAAAUGUCUCUGAACGAGAUGACACUCCUGAUUCUUUCUACUUCAACGUGCUGCCUUUCGCCGAGGACAUCCGGGAGUUUCCGUUUCCUUCUUUCAGCAGAUUUCCUGGGUCUUGGAAGCCAGAUGAGCAACAGCAAGCAGUGGCGGAUAAUUUUGUCAAAAUGCUUGACCUUGCACCUUCUCCUAAAGAAGAAGUGCUAAAGCCUGAGCUUACUCCUAACCCGGUUCUGCAGCGGUUUUAUGAAUAUCUUGAGUUGAAAUCAAGAUCCGCGGAUGCUGCUUUACCUCCAGUAGAUGAAGUUUUCAAGAAGAUUAUGGAGCAAGAUCAAGAACUCACUUGCAACAAUAAAUCCAUAAUGGACGCGGUUCGUGGAAGCUUUGAAGUGAAGGAGAAUCCAAAGUUGAAAAAGAGUUGUAAGAGAUAUUUACGAGAUAAGCCGUCAGUUUCAGAUGAUGAGGACAACCGUAUGAUUACUUAUAAUGCCGAUGAGAACAAAGUUGACACAGUUGGAGAAGCAAAUCCGAUUCAAGAUUUUGAAGCCAUGAUAUCUCGUAGAGAUCACAGUGACUGGAUCGAUAAAGCAAUCAGCUGUGUCUUGGAACAGGAGCCAAAGCAAUUCAAUGAGUUCUUGAAUCAUCUAUACGAGCUAUGCCAAGAAAGAAACUUAUCCCAUUUUCUGAGACAUUUCACGUUGAAGAAAAUCACUCUGAUUCCCAAAUCUGAAGCAGCAGACAGUGAUGUUGCGGACGAGGACGCUGGAGAUUUUGCCGUCAAACAAGAGCCAAAGCUCGAGAGCUAA